AUGGCUACUUCACUUCCUUUCUUGCUUAUCUUCAUGCUUUCAUUUUCAACCAACACCAAAGCUACAUCGGUAGCAAAAGACGAAGUUCCAUGCACAAUGUGCAUUGAAUGCGACAAUCCAUGCCAACCUCUACCACCUCCACCUCCACAAGUGAUUGAGUGUCCACCACCACCAGCACCAGUACCGCCGUCACCGCCUCCGCCGUCUCCUCCACUUCCACCAGCGAUCGUUGAAUGUCCGCCACCGCCGCCUCCAAAGUUACCGUGUCCAAGUAAUUGUGAGUUUCUACCCUCGCCGCCACAAUAUUCAUAUUUUUCACCCGGGACACCAUUUACGUACUAUGUACCACCAGAUUACGAGGACAAGAGUAGUGGUGAAACGAUGAUGCCAUUUCAAGCAACACUCUUCUUGAAUCCGAAUCCACACUCUGUGUUCUCUAUGAUUCAUCGGUGCUUGAUUUAUGUGGUCUUUCUUUGUGUUCCUUAUUUUGUUUAG